GGGAAGGGACAUUUGGAGAGGAAUGUGUACAAGACUGUCAUUGUGCUGAUAAUAAGCCAUGCCAGACAAUACAUGGUUAUUGUCAAUUUCCAAUUUGUAAACUUGGUUGGAUGGGCAAGUCAUGUAAUGAAAGCUGUUCUAAGAACACGUUCGGCGAAGAAUGCAAGCAAGUUUGUUAUUGUGAGGAGGGCACUUGUAGCAGCGACUAUGGUAUUUGUCCUAGUAAAUGCAGAUAUGGAUAUCGUGGUGUACAUUGUAACAUAGAGGGUAUAGAGGAAGAUAAUUCAGCCGAUCAUUCAUCUUCUGUCGUUAUCGGAGGCUCUGUUGCUGGCGGUGUUGUUGUGAUUGGCAUUUUGUUGGUGUUGGUUGUUUUUAUAUAUAAACAAAGGAUGCAACGAGUCAAGCGGAAUGAAAGUGAAAACUACUACAAAACAAUCCAUCGCAAUAUGGCACAAGUAGAUGAUGAGACAACUUACGAUACAAUUGACAUUUCACACGAUAAUCAAGACCAACAGAACGAAGAAGGUAAUGUGAGUGUCACAGGAUUAUAACAUUUCAGUCAAACAUUUAGAUAUUAAAUAAAUAGAGGAUAUUAAAGUUUUUUCUAUAAAUACAUGAUUUAUUUUCAUCGAGUGGUAUGAAAAUAAAUAUUUCAUGAGUGGCGAUAGAUGAAAAUAAAUCAUGUAUUUAUAGAGAAAACUUGAAUUUUCUGUUUAUUAUAUACAUUGCUCUUUUUUGACGUUAAAAUUUAAAAGUAUUUCCCUUAAAUUUUGCGUAUUGGCAGAAUUUAAUAGAAAGUAGUCCAGCAAGACAUCAGUGAAAAUACGGAAAAUAUGUUUUACUGCAGUGAAAAAUAAAUUUUUACAGUGAAAAUAAGGAAAAUGAAAAUACGCAUUUUAUUUAAUUAAUAUUUCUCAAUAUUUCAUUUAUAAGUAUAUAAU